AUGGCGGAACCGCCACACAAACGCGCGCGCCGCCCCGACAGCACGCAGAUGUGGGAGGAAUCGGAGCGUCGCGCAGCCUCAAACUCAGCACCACGCGGUCCGCGGGAAGAGCGCGGCAGCGACAGGAGAGAUGACCGGAAUCGCGAGCGCGAGCGCAGGUACCGAAGUCGGUCGCCCCGGGAAUCGAGGGGAAGAGAUGGACGGGAUAGAGGGGGUAGACGCGAUGAGGGUGAGAGGGACAGUAGGACAGGAGGGAGGAGGGAUUAUGGCGGUGGGCGAGAACGAGAUGGAGGGAGGGAGAGGGACUACAGGGGUGAUAGGGAACGAGGUACGUGUGCUCCGAAGACUGCGGAUAUCGCCGUUGCUUUUCGAGCUAGGUCUGACGGUGCGAGUGAAGAUGGUGGGAGGGAUCGAGAUCGAGAACGAGAGACGAGGCCGAGGGAGAGAGAGAGGGAGAGGGGAAAGAGGGAUACGAGGAGUAGGAGUCGAAGUCCGCGACGGGAGCGAGAGCGAGAGCGCGAAAUCAGGAACAGCAUUGAGGCCGAGAAGGAGUACCCGCAUCACCCUCACCCAUCCGAAUCCGAGUCACAGAAAGCCCGCACCGAGACACCGCCUGUGUCUCUUGAAGUGAAGAAUUCUGCAGCUAGCGGACAGGACCAUGAGCGGAUGGAUUUUGGCGAAGAAGUAAAGGUCGAAAAGGGCAAGAAAGGGAAGAAGGGGAAGAAAGGUGCAAAGAAGCUAGUGGAGGAGGAUGAUGACGAUGAUAUCGUGAUUGAGGAUGAUGGGAUGGCGGCUAUGCAGGCGAUGAUGGGCUUUGGGGGUUUUGGUACGACACAUCAGCAGAAGGUGGAGGGAAAUGAUGUGUAUGCUGUGAGGAAGGAGAAGAAGACUGAGUACAGGCAGUACAUGAAUCGGGUGGGUGGAUUCAAUAGGCCGCUCAGUCCUACCAGGGAGAGUUAA